AUGGCAGUUAAUUUUGGCAUGACGGGUACAUUUGAGCUCGUUUGUUCCUUUCGUCAAAAACUUUGGCGUGACCAUUUAAAACCACGACUUAAUAAUAAGUCUCCUAAUGUAAAGAUCAAGUCAUGCUUGCCUCAAGCUAUUGACACUUCGGUCUUAAGCUUUCAACCGGUUGGCGAUUAUGACCAUAAGGCCGAGGUUCGAGCCUUUGACAAUCUCAAGUUGGGUGUCCAAGGCCUAGUGGAGGCCGGAAUCACCAAGGUUCCUCGCAUAUUCCUUCAAGAUACAAAAACUUUUCCCCAUAAUCAAAGCUCCCCUAUCAUUUUCCCGGUGAUAGACCUUGAAGGCAUGGACCGGGAUGCGGAUAAGAGGAGGAAGAUUGUUGAUGAAGUUAAAAAGGCAUCAGAGGUGUAUGGUUUCUUCCAAGUGGUCAAUCAUGGGAUCCCGAUAGAAGUGAUGGACGAAAUGUUCGAGGGAGUGCGCGCAUUCCACGAGCAAGAUCCCGCGGAGAGGAAACAAUUGUAUGUUAGGGAAGAGACGAGGAGGUUUGCAUAUAACAGCAACUUCGACUUGCAUUCCUCUCCAGCAGCUAAUUGGAGGGAUACCCUACGGUGCCGCAUGACUCCAUACCCACCCAAUCCCGAAGAAUUUCCUCCCAUAUGCAGGGACAUUGUAAUGGAGUACACACGACACACUAUUAAAUUCAGAGACACGUUGUUCGAACUGUUAUCAGAAGCUCUAGGGUUAGAUCGGGGCCAUUUGAGUGACAUUGGUGUCGGAAAAGGAUUCUUCUUGUUGGGUCAUUACUAUCCAGCUUGCCCCGAGCCAGAUCUAACAAUAGGCACCGCACCCCACACCGACACGGGUUUCAUCACAAUGGUUAUGCAAGACAAAGUUGGCGGACUCCAAGUGCUCUAUGAUGAUGAAUGGCACGAUGUCGAGCCUAUACAUGGAGCUCUUGUGGUCAACAUUGCAGAUCUUCUACAGUUGGUCACAAACAAUAAGUUCAAGAGCAGGACACACAGAGUUUUGGCUCAAAAGAUGGGUCCGAGGAUUUCUGUGGCCACACUAUUUCGAGAGCAUUAUGGAGAGACUAACGGCAAAAAGUUUGGACCAAUUAAGGAAUUAUUGUCCGAGGACAACCCUCCCAUCUAUAGGGAAGCCACAGUUAAAGAGGCGGCGGCGGCGGCAGAGAUUCUUCACGUUUCGGCGGCGACAGAGGGCGAUUCUUCAAAAGAAUCGGUGGUCUUCGGCAGGGCGGCGGCGCAAGGUCUUCGGCAGGGCGGCGGCGCAAGGUAUUCGACAGGGAGUACGCGCGGCGGCUUGUUCGUCGGGGAGAGAGUUGAGUGCGGCGGAGAUGAGAGGAGAAGAGAGAAAUGA